AUGCAUAAUAAAAAUAGGUCGCUGUGGUGGAUGAAUAGUGGCGAUCCCGGCGAUGGGAGAAGUGCUUUUAUACCCCAAGGGACAAAGAUCGGAAGUUCAAUGAGAGUAGGGUGGCCAAAGUUUGAACCAGGGGUAUUGCAUCACAGUAACGCAGUUAAAAUCGGAAUUCACAAAAUGGACGAUGAGGAAUAUAUGAAACCAAUUCUGCCAACAGUGCCCGAAAAAUGCGGCCCCCCGGUAAUCCCACUGGGACAUCUUAUCGAAUUCGCUGUCCAGCAGAUCUUUCACGAGCUCACUGUACUCUCCGAAUUGCUACCAAAGAAACUGGAUUCGGAUCGAAAAAUCAGUAUUGUACAGUUUGCACAUUCAACACGAACUCUGUUCAUCAAACUUCUUGCCGUGGUAAAAUGGGUGAAAUCGUCGAAAAAAUUCGAAUCCUGUUCUUCAAUAUGUUAUUUCUUGGAUCAGCAAGGACAAUAUUUUGUGGAUACAGCCGAUCGCCUGGUUCAGCUUGCACGAGAAGAGCUCGUCACUGCGAGGUCCUGUUAUUAUGAUAAUUGGAAAAAUUGCUACUGUUUUCAACAGCUUCGAAGCCCCUCACUCGUUCGUCUUUCCUUUAUUCCGGAGCCGCCGAUAACGCCACGGGAAGAAGCUUGCGUGCUGGCACGUCUCAAUCAAGUUAUACAGAAUCGAAUUUCAAGUUAUGGCUGCAAACUGUCUCCUCGCAUUUCCAAAGCUGUAAUUCGUAAUGGAAUGCUCACAAUGACGGUGGAUGGUGAAUUCGAGGUAGCACUAACAAUGCUUGGUGAGCGAGAGACCACCAAGUGGACGCUGUUGAAUAUCCGGAUCCUGGUCGAGGAUUACGAUGUCGGCUUCGGCACAAAACUGGUUCAUCCACUACAAGUCAAUAUGCUACACAAUGUAUUGCAAUUAAGAAUGGAUAAAAGCAAAGAGGUCAGCUUUUUUUUAGCUUAA